AUGGAUGCCAAAGGAGCACAAGAAGAUGGAUAUCAAUUUGAUAGAGCACAUGGAAAUGAAAUCAUACACAUGGCUUCGUAUCAUCGUCGAGAUUUCGACCUUGCUGUGAUCAAUGUUGAUACCCACGACGAUGAGCAAAUCCGCGACUCUAUACUCGAGCCAGUCCGUGCCCCCUCGGCCACACUUGGAUCACUCGAAUGUCUUCCCCUGGAAGUCGUCCAUAAAAUAUGCCACCUUCUGGAUCUCAACUCUUUGUUCAAACUCCGCCAGGUCAAUAUCCGUGCCCACCAGAUCAUUAGCACAAUGCGUGGGUAUCGAGCAACAGGUCUGUUCAAAUUGCUCUGUAUACGGGACUGUCAUCUCUGCGGCUCCUUUGGCGGCUUUCUCUUUCUCCCCUUGCACAUGAGAUGCUGUUUCUCUUGUGUCGAGAACGAUACACAGCUUCGUGUGAUAGCUCUUGCCGAUGCAAAAAAGUGGUUCAAGCCAACCAAGACAGUGCUCUAUUCGAUUCCGAUGUUGAAGUCGAUACCGGGGAUAUAUUCCAUGGAUGAGAGAUCGCGUAAGAAGAGAAUGUGGAUUCUGGCAGCGAAACAUAUUACCAAAACAUUAGCGAGCCACGGUGGAGAAGCACCAAUACUGCGAUACAUGGCUACAACUGCUCUUCCAUAUCUCAACAUGGCAAGUAACAGCGUCCAGUAUGGGGUUUGUUGCAGUGGGUGUCAAAUUGCUCUAGAAGAAGCUCUGAGAUAUUCAAGGGUCGAUGAAAAUGCUUGUGCACUGCGAGACAAAGUGUACUCACAUGAUGGGUUUUUAGGACAUUUUCGACAGUGCCCCAAGGCCCAAGAUCUAUGGAGGAUGAGUCAGGAAGGAAAAGACACGACCAGAAUUUCCGAGUUUGUCAGGCGUCGGGGGGAUUUUAAAAAAAGGGAUGUUGUCAUGUAUUUUGACAGAUGAUGGAGACCCAUGUUUCAAAUCUGCGUGUCUUAAUAGCAGAUUCAGUCAGCAAGAAUCUAACCGUGGCGGGGGGAAUUCAGUUGAAGUAAAUAUCAAGCGGCU